AUCCUACCCACAAGAGCCCCAUGGACUGCGACACAGCUCAUAGAGAAAGCGACUGGGUUCAGGCAGCGAGCUUCGAUCGCAUCUAUGUUCUCCAGGUGGGCGAGUUUGGAGUUACGCGCCAGCAGAAAUUGGACCUGCUGCAAAAGAUAUUCUGGCCCGCCUUGGCCCGUUGGGUUAUAUCAAGGCAGCAGAUUCUGCCUGGCGGCACCAUCCUUGGCGGCUGGUGGCGCGCGGACAUGCAGGGCAUGAUGGACUGGUAUCGCGAAUGCCUUCACAUGACAGCCCGCUGGGAAGACGCCAUCAUCGCGCACACAGACGGCAUCUGGAGGAUAGCCCUGGAGACUUCGCCCUGGCGAGACUGGCCCGAGUUUUUCCUCCUGCUGAACGAACCGGUUGUGGACGGCAACGGGCAGCCUGUGAGAGAUGCCACCGGUCGCAUUGUGUACCAGGACCGAGACCCAACCACUGAUGGCAUGGAGGAUGCGUUCCUAGAUUUGUGGGAGGCAAUUGCCAAUUCGCGACCCCUGGUGGGCUUCUCGAAUAAUAUCACGUCCAAGGAUGGCGCUAUCCCCCUUGGAUCACAACCACACGCGAAAGAUUUGUGCGUAUAACAAGCCAUUUACGGGGGUUUUCUAUUUCUUCACUUCAUCUACUUUGAGCGAGCGUGCAAUGACAGGAUUUUGGGUAUUUGUGGGUGUUUUGACAUGUCUUGGUCUGUGUAUGAGUUAGCUAUGAUUUAUUACGAUACCAGCCGACUAUUUUAUGAACAAGUAUUACUCAUUUACUCAUUUACUACUUGAACACUUCUUAUCCUCUCAUUCUCUCCAUGGUGCUCGAGUAUAUUCUCUUUUUUACAGUCGACAUACGUCUCGACAUAUCAUCUACAAGUAUUAUACCAAAAGUGCGAUUUAGCUUUGCAUUCUUCAUUCUAUAGCGCAAAAUCUAUUCCAGCCAAUAAGACCGCAGUCAUAGCACUCAUCCAAUCUCGUCGUAAACCCGAAUCUCCACCCAACACAUUAUCAUCUCAUCUCAUGUUCAUCGACUUAAAAGUAUGACGAGCUAGAUCCAAUCUCCCAAGUAAAGGAAUAAAAGGAAAAAAAAAAAAGCAAAGGAAAAAAGAGAAAGAGAAACCAAGUAUUAAAAAAACUCAUCUCUAGGGUUUGCAUGUAGAAAUCCUGUAAUCCGCUCAUCCAAAAAUAAGGAAAAAAAGAGAAAGAAAAGAAAAACAACCCGAAAAGACAUAUUCGUUAGGUUCCAUCUUACUAUGCCUUGCCUGACGCCUUGCUAUUGUUUCCCAAUGCUACGCCUUCCAAACCUUCGCUCAACUUUGUCGUAAUCACGUCUGGAUCCGGCUCGUCGCCGCGGACAAAUGUCCAGCUCUCUUCCGUGUCUUCGUCUUCUUCUGUUUCUAAAUGUCCAUCUGUAUGCUUAAUCAGGCUCUUUGCAUAUUCCAUGUCUCGGUAUAUAGACUGAAUCGCAGUUUCAACACCGCUCUCC